GUUUGCCGUGUCGUAUUGUUUAUCAGUUAAUUGCUAGAAUUCUAAAUGAAUACACUUAAUUAGUGUUACGUGAGUGAAUUAGUUAAUUACUUCUGUGUCAAACUCGACAAAUUACACAAAAGUCCGACUACAGUGUUCCGCGAAGUGUAGAUUUCGAUAAACAAAAGACAGUCGGGAUUUGUGAUAAAAUUACUGUGAUAUAAUUAAUUUCUCGUUGCAUAGCGAAGAAUCUCCGUUUAAUACUUUCUAGUUAAUAUUAUAGAACCGCGUAAUAAUACAAGACAAUAUCAUGGCACAUGACAAUCCAGUGGUGACCGUGAAACAGGGGAAAUUGAAGGGAGCGGUUAAGAAAGGUAUAGAUGGGAGCCCUUAUUAUAGCUUCAAAGGAAUACGCUAUGGGGAACCGCCGGUUGGAGAGUUACGGUUUAGGGCACCAGUACCAAUAAAGCCAUGGGAUGGUGUACGGGAUGCUACAGAACACGGGCCAGUGUGCCCUCAGUUCGAUAUGUCUGUAGUAGACUUUGUGGAAGGCAGCGAGGACUGUCUCAGUUUAAACGUCUACACAAAGUCAUUGCAACCUAACUCAAAACUACCCGUUAUGGUCUACAUACAUGGUGGAGCAUUUUUAUCUGGAUCUGGAAAUGCUGAAACAUAUGGACCUGAAUUUUUAUUCCUACAUGAUGUAAUUGUAGUCACUAUUAACUAUAGGCUCGAAGCACUAGGUUUCCUCUGCCUAGACACUCCUGAAGUACCAGGUAACGCUGGUAUGAAAGACCAAGUUCUAGCCAUGCGUUGGGUUAAAGAAAAUAUCAGCACUUUUGGUGGGGACCCUGACAAUAUCACGCUGUUUGGAGAGAGUGCUGGUGGAGCCUGCGUGAACUUCCACAUGCUCUCACCGAUGUCGAAAGGACUGUUUAACAAAGCGAUAGCCCAAAGUGGAGUUUGUUUAGAAUAUUGGGCGAUAGCUCACCAACCUGUCGAAAGAGCGUUUAGAUCUGGAAAAGUUCUAGGCAAAGACACUAAGGAUAAGAAGGAAUUAUUGGAUCAUUUAAGAGGAUUGCCUGCUCUUGACUUAGCCAGGCUCACGGUCAAAACGAGAACUCCAGACGAGAAAUUUAGAGGAUUACCUAUUUAUUACACACCAACAGUGGAGAAGAAAUUUGAAGGACAAGAACAGUUUUUGACUGAAGACCCUCUACAAAUGCUUUUGUCAGGCAAAGUGAACAAAGUACCAUUCAUGUGCGGGUACAAUACUGCCGAAGGGAUAUUAUUAAUCCCUGAACAUAGGAAAAAGUUGGAAGUUCUGAAUAAAGAACCAUCCUACCUUGUUCCAAGAGACGUAGCAAUGAUAUCUUCCAAGGAGAAACUAGAAGAGUUCGGCCAACGGGUCAAAGAGUUUUAUUUUGGAGGUAAAGAUGCCACUGAAGAUGAUGUACAGGGUAUAGUAGAUGUCCAUACAGAUAUUAAUUUCACAUACCAAGCUCACAGACUGAUGCAUUUCUACCACAAGAUGGCGCCAACUUACAUGUACCGAUUUGACUACUGCACUAAAAUGAACAUGAUGAAGAACAUCUUUGGUGAUGAUGCAGUGAAAGGCGCAUGUCAUGUAGAUGAUCUAUUUUAUCUUUUCCAUACACCAAUGACUGAAAGUAUUUAUGAAGAGAAUGAAGAGAUAAGAAAAGCAGUGUAUGAUGUUACUAAAUUAUGGACUGAUUUUGCAAAGACUGGUAAUCCCACACCAACAAAGGGCAGCGUGGAAUGGCGGCCCUACAACAGUUCAACCAAAGAGUAUUUACUCAUAGACAAAGAAACAAAAAUGUCCAGUAACCUGGAGAAGGAAAGAGUUGAAUUCUGGAACAAAAUGUACGCUGACGCCGGUUUGCCUAGCAUCACUAAGUCUAAUUUAUAGAUGUUUAGACAAGUAGGUAAAUACUGCGUAGAUAGGUAUAUAGGUAAAGUCUGGCUAUUUAAGCUGAUGUAGUUUAUUUCUAGUAGAAUGGGGCACAUAUUUGGCUUAUUUGAUCCAAUAUUUGUGUCAUUACUACACUCCAAGUAGAAAAUACUUAUUAAGCGUUUAUAAAAUAAAUGUGAAUAUUGUGUUAAACACACCACCAGGUGUUGAGAAGCCGUAAGCUAGACAAUUAUGUCUAUAAAUUAAUUUGCGGCAUUAUUUUAUUACUGUUUAACAGUUUACUUAGAAUGAUAAUUACCUCAAAUAUUUACAUUAAUGGUAGAUAAGCUUAACUUAAGCAUUUAUGUACCUAAAGCAUUUUGCAAGGAAUGUCUCUACUUUUUAGUGGUUUAUUUUUUAAAGCCAUGGAGUAUUUUCAAGUUUUAAAAUAUAUGAAAUAAGGUUGAAUAUAGUUCAUAGGUAAAGUCAGUUUAGGUUAUAAAACUGGCUGGAUGGUAUUUAUUUUAUACAGAGGUUUUGUAAAGACCAACAAAACGCCGACUUUAAAAGAAAGGAGAUGAAGAAAAGCUAAUUAAGGAAUUUAGUAAGUAAGAAAUUGUACUGAAAUCAUCACAUAUAUCUUUGUAUAUUUUGUAAUGACAUACGUUAACAUUUAUAAAAUGUUUUAUUUAUUUAUAAUGGAGAAAUUAUUCUUUAUAUGCUAUUGUUAUGGAUAGUUUAAAAGGACUUACUAUGAAGUGAAUAGAAUAUUUGUAUCUAUAAAGAAUGAGAAAAGGGAAAUAUGGAUAUGUUACGAAGAUGGAUUUUUACAAACGCUAUCUCAUUUUAAUUGACAUAUUAAUUUGUUUUACUACUUGUUAUGAAUAAAACAUGUUUUGUAAU